CUGAAGCGGCGGGGUCUCGAGGUACCAUUACCAGAAGACGUGGUCAAAGCCGCCGCUGCAAAUGAGGAAAAUGGGCAAGAGAUUAUGGGCUGUCUUUUCCAGCAACGUGGACACGAAAUUUUGCUUACGGAGGAAGUGAUCAAAGCCGCCAUAGGGAAUAAGAAGAACGGCCUGAAGAUCAUGAAAUCUCUUUUACAGGAACGUAGAGAUAAAAUGACAAGCUCCUAUGGAAUGAUCAUAGCUGCCGCUGCAGAUGAGGUCAAUGGGCUAGAGGUUGUGAAAUUAAUUUAUCAGGAGCGCAUAGGCCUAUGGGGGAGUACAGACAGAGUGCUUGAAGCCGCCGCAAGGAAUGAGAAGAACGGGCUGGAGAUCAUAAAAAUUCUCCAUCAGGCAGCUUGGAAUCAAUGGGAGAUUACAGAGGGCGUGAUGAAAGCUGCCGCAAGGAAUGAGAAUAAUGGGCUGGGGAUCAUGAAAUUUCUUCGACAGAAACAUCCAAUUGGAUGCCCGGCUACAAAGGGAGUAUUUGAAGCCGCCAGAGAAAACACGACAAGUGGAGUGGACGUAACGGACUUUCUUCUUCAA